AGCGUUUCACUCAACAGAAAAAGCUCCACCAGAAUUUGGUGGAAGACCCUUGACGAAGCCUCAGAGUAGACUCCAUGACUCAACGCGUUGUACUCGUUGCGGUUCUCGCAGUCCUGGCUUUUCCAGUGGCGUCCAGGGAGAUCUCUCAACCCCUGGGCCGGCCAGGCAUUUGCGGCACGGUGAGUUGCCAGAAGAUGGACACGAAAUACAGAGAGAGAGAGAGAUAGACACUGAUGGAAUGGAGAGCGAUCCUUGGGGCUGCUUCAGAGGAGGUGUUUUUUUCCCCACCCGCCAGGAGAAGGUUGGACUUGAUCAGACCUGUCCUUUCCUCUUCCGACCUGUCCUCCUUUCCUCGUAGCAGAGAGCAGUGGGCACCACGGACCUGAACCAGAUAGAAGGAUAUAGAAAGAAAGUCAGCAACUUUGCCACAUAGAAUCUAGAACGCCUGAAUAUAUGCCCGAUAGAACACCAAGCCAAGAGUUUAUGCCAUAUAUACUGCCAGAAUUUAUGCCAGAAUAAAUUAGAAUAAAUGUCAAAAGAAUGUCAGUCAGGAAAUAUGCCAGUCAAAGUCAGAAAGCAUGCCAGAAUAACUUGAACAUACGCCAGAUAGAAUGCAAGAAUAUGCCAGGUAAAAAAAAUGCCAACAUGUUUUUGUCCCUUAGAAUGCCAGAUAGAGUGCAGCAAUAUAUACCACAUAGACAUAGUUUGCAAACAUUUUUGGAAGUAUAUAUGCUAGAUAGACGCUUUCUCAGUGAUGUUGAAGCAAUAUAGCCAUCGGUUAUCAGCAGAGUGCAAUGCCAUGGUGGGGAUCACUCGACGUAAAAUCAUUUGGCCAAGAUGCCUUGUAUUUUUUCGAGUCUAUAUAGGAAUAAUCUUUUCAUGUACCUUGAACCUUGCGCGUGUCUCAGGAAAACGGGAAGUGCUUGCCGACGGAUGGAAGAUCCAUGUCAAAGAGUACGUCAAGAACUUGCAGCCCCUUUGGUUCAUGCUCUUUGCUGGGCAGAUCAAGGUCUUGCUGACCUUCUUAGUCUUCGGCUUCGAGAUGAAGGUUUGCGAAGUCGGCCCCUCGGCCAGCUCAUCCUGCAGUGGUCUCCAGGAAUUUGACCUUGGGAAGAUCACCUCCUUUCAGCCUCAAGAUGCCACCGGCUCGGUGGUUCAGCCAAACCCACGAGCCAGUGGCAGUGUCCGCCCAGCUGACCUGGGCCUACAUCACUACAUGGCGUUGAUGGAAGCCUACAAUUGUUUGCGGAUGCCGGUGCUAUUUAUGUUUGUGGUGGCUGCGUAUCCAUCCAUUCUGUUGUUCCUCAUGGAUGGCAUGAUCAAGGAUCACAAGGAUCUUGAAGAAGUAUGUAAUUUGAUAAUACCCUCGUCGGAUAUACUUUGGAAAUUCCUCUAUGUGUACUUUCUUAUCAUUCUUGCACAAUACAGUGCACAUUUGCCUCCCGUGCUAUUUUGUUGGUGCGUGAAGGGUGGAUCUAAGUGUGCAGGCAUCGCUUUGGCAAAGUACGGAGAAAUCUUCCGCCCAGAUUGCAAGUCUUUCCUCACACGUGAGAGUGAGGAAGCCGGCACGGCCAGCAAAAGUGACAUGGAUGCCCGCCAUCUAGUUGCAUGUUGGGGUGAAUGGCCCUGCACUCCUUUCUCGCCCCCAGGCAACACUGGGACAGAUCAACAUUUGAAGGCCGUGCAGGCGAUGGAGAGAGAGAGAGAGAGAGACAGAGAGCAAGCAAGGCACUCUUGCUGCAAAUGCUCAUCAUCCACGAGGCAGGCAAGAAUGCUGGUGGGAUCCUGAUCCUUGGCCAGAUGGCGGCUCUGAUGACGCUGCGCCUGUGGCAGCUUGACCACCUUGCCACGCUCAAGGAGGUAGUCUACGUUUAUGCGCAGCUAUGGGAUGACAGGAAGUUCGAGAUGUACUGGGCAGCAUUGUGGAAAGAUGCAUCUUCCCUCUUGGGACUCUUGAACUCCGUUUCACAAUUCCUAUGGCAAAUCUAGGUGCACGAUAGACCGGUCUUGUGGUAGGUAUGUGUCCCUCGGAAUGGGAUGUCGUUGUGGGCCACCCAGACGUUUCUCUCCAUGCAAACCCCGUAACAGUUUAACACUUCUG